GUGGUAACUUCGAGAACUUGCUAGCGUAAGCGAGCGCCUUAUUAUCUCGCUGAAAUAAAACGAUGGGUUCCGGGCAGCACAUGUCUGAUCUGACCUCGCUUUGUCGUCAAUGACCUCGUGUACGAACAAGGAAUCUGUUGUUCAGGCUGGCGGUUACUGUCGAUUCGAACAAAACAAACCGUACGCCAUAUGCGACAGUAAAGAUUUCAAGCCACCAGUUCUGAUGGAUCGCUGGGAAGGCGAGGACGAGGAUGACGUUAAAGACAACUGGGAUGACGAGGACGAGGAGGUGGAAAAGUUGCAGAUUGGCGUUCCAGCACCUCAGCCCAGAAAACGAAAGACUUUCCAACAGAUUGUAGCCGAGAAGGAGGAGAAACAGCGACGUGAAGCCGAGGAACGGCGUAGAAGAAAGGCCGAAGAGGAAAAAAAUGCCGGUCCCGAGGAACAAAACGCGGAAAAGCUGCGUCGUCAGAAGCUACAAGAGGAAGCGGACUUACGUGCGGCUAUGGAGACGUUCGGUAUAAGCACGCAAGGUACGAUCGACAGUAUCACUCCAGUGGAGCGGGAAGACUAUGAAAAUUUGCGAAAAUUGCUUGUCGCCAAACUGACUCCGAACGAGAAGAGCCCUCUUUACAUACCCUUCUUGGACGAUCUUUUGAGGGACCUCACUGCUAACCUUGAAGCGGACGACAUUAAGAAGCUCAGCUCGAGUCUCAACACUCUGGCAAAUGAAAAAAUAAAAAUGGCUAAGGGAACUAAAGGCAAGAAGAAGAAGGGAGCUUCACUGAAGAUGGAACGGGGCGAACUUGACGCGUACACGGGUGGUGAUGAUAUAUGCGAAUAUGACGACUUUAUGUAGGAUUAUUAAAAAAAAUAGUUUGAGGGAAAUCAGUAAGCCAUAGCAACGACGAAGACGACCGUAGAGUAUGAUCUACACCGGAACGUAUCAGAACACAUCUGGAUAUAGUUGCCCAGCAGGCAUCGGGAUAGUAUCAGUCACGGAGCCCUGUCGCGAUCAACACGACACUUCAAUCUUCCUUGUACCCUCCUGUCUUGUUUUUCGACCCCUAAGCGCAUACCCCUUCCCCCUCUUUAAACGAAGAGAAAAUGAAGAUACUAAAUAGAGAGCAGUAUAUAUAUAUAUAUGCUGCAUACACACAAAAAUAGGCAAUUAUUAUGCGAUGAUGUUAUUAAUGGGUCCGUAGGCAGAUAAAGUUUGUGAUUGACUAAGGAUAACGUAAUGACUAAAAAUCAUAACACAUUAUUCAGGCUCGACCUGCACGUGCGGGUGGAUUAGGCAUAGAUGUGUCUUUAAUACCGUUGCUAUCUGCCAGCCAAACAUGCCAUUCAGGAGGGUUAAAUCCUACGUGUGUAGCAUGCACUAGUCAGGGAUAUGAUAGAUGCAGUUAACUAGCGGCUAUCUAAUCUUCUGGCUAUUACAGAACCUGUAAGGUUCUAGUAAUGUCACUCAUACCUGUUUGUCCUAGACACAUUUUUAUUUGUGAAGGAUGUACCAGCGCUAAGGAAGAACUUGUGCGCGCAGGUACAGAACUGGUGAUACACUGGGAGCAUGUGAUGUCGAUAAGUGCAGAAGAAUGAGGUGUCAAUAAGGAGGGAGAUGGCCGUAGAGCGUACUUUUAAAGAAAAACGAAAGAACCAGGUAAUUUCCUUUCAGAAAAAUGUAAAUGACCGGUAACACUGAGCAAUAUCUGAAUAGUAGUUUCUGCAGUGGUUCCGAUGUCGUAAAAAGGGAUUUAGAGGUUCCGUGGAAAAAAAACAAAGUAGUAGAAAAACGACGUGGGUGUGAAAGAGGUUAAACGGGGAAGGUGUGUAUGUGCAUAUGAUCGUUAUGGGGCUGAUGACAUUUGGGUGUUGAGUGUUCAUGUUGUCUCUGGCCCGUUCGAAUGUCUUUGUGUGUGCAUAUGGGCGCCAUUAAGUGGCUGGGUGAUCAAUCCGUGCAUCGGCUGAUAUGAUUAUAAGAUUACGAAAUAAAAGAUGCAUAAUCGUGGUAGAUGCGAAAUAUAACGUCGGGUCGGUGCAGACUCGGAUGGAAUAGGUGGUAAGACCAAUGAAACGAAAAUGUAAGUCGUGACUCGACUAUAUCAGAUGAACGGUUUUGUCAUCGGCGACAGGCGCAGGAUAUAUAGAUUGAAGUUUGUUGUACAAUUUAUUUUGUAUGGAAAA